CCCGAUUUGUCCCUUGGCUCCUCGUUCCAUCAGUGGCUGGGCUGUGCGGUGCUGAUUCCUGACUCCGGCGUCUCUGUUCUACUUCAGUGAACCACAGCUUCUUGUCCACUGAUUUUAAAGCUCGAUUUUUGCUCUUCCUUGGCCGCUUCAGUUCUGAUCCAUUUCGAGCUGUUGGAAAUGCUGGGAAGGAGGGGAGAGCAGCAGAAGUGGAAGGCUGGGGUUUUCACCGCUGCAGGCCUGGUGGUAUGACGUCACCCACGCCCUGGAAACGUUCUUUGGUGCUCACCCAGCCAGACAGAAAGCCUGCAGGUCAUCACUCCAUGUAGGAAACUCAUCUUAUGCGCUGACAACAGGAAAGAAAUGGAGGAUUGGAUUGCAGCACUGAAGACUGUCCAGAACAGGGAGCAUUUUGAGCCCACCCAGUACAGCAUGGACCAUUUCUCAGGGAUGCACAAUUGGUACGCCUGUUCCCACGCGAGGCCGACCUACUGCAACGUGUGUCGUGAGGCCCUGUCCGGGGUCACGUCCCACGGACUAUCCUGUGAAGUGUGCAAGUUCAAGGCCCACAAACGGUGUGCUGUGCGCGCAACCAAUAACUGUAAGUGGACCACGCUGGCCUCCAUCGGGAAGGACAUCAUCGAGGAUGAGGAUGGGAUUGCCAUGCCUCACCAGUGGCUGGAGGGAAACCUGCCCGUGAGUGCCAAGUGCACAGUGUGCGAUAAGACCUGCGGCAGCGUGCUGCGCCUGCAGGACUGGCGCUGCCUCUGGUGCAAAGCCAUGGUACACACGUCCUGUAAAGACUCCCUACUGACCAAGUGCCCGCUGGGCCUGUGUAAGGUGUCCGUCAUCCCUCCCACGGCUCUCAACAGCAUCGACUCCGAUGGCUUCUGGAAGGCCACGUGUCCUCCAUCCUGCACAAGCCCGUUGUUGGUCUUUGUCAAUUCAAAAAGUGGGGACAACCAAGGUGUGAAGUUCCUCAGAAGAUUCAAGCAGCUGCUGAACCCCGCCCAGGUCUUCGACCUCAUGAAUGGAGGACCGCACCUCGGUUUACGCUUAUUCCAGAAGUUUGACACAUUCCGGAUUUUGGUUUGUGGUGGUGAUGGCAGUGUUGGCUGGGUCCUCUCUGAAAUCGACAGCCUCAACCUUCACAAACAGUGCCAGCUGGGAGUGCUGCCCCUCGGCACAGGGAAUGACCUGGCCCGCGUGUUGGGCUGGGGCUCGGCCUGCGAUGAUGACACGCAGCUCCCGCAGAUCCUGGAGAAGCUGGAAAGAGCCAGCACCAAGAUGCUGGACAGGUGGAGCGUGAUGGCCUACGAGACCAAACUCCCCCGGCAGGCUUCCUCCUCCACGGUCACCGAAGACUUCAGCGAGGGGUCCGAGGUGCAGCAAAUUCUCUUCUAUGAAGACUCGGUUGCGGCCCAUCUUUCUAAAAUCCUGACCUCUGACCAGCACUCGGUGGUGAUAUCAUCGGCGAAAGUGCUCUGUGAGACAGUGAAGGACUUUGUGGCGCGAGUGGGGAAGGCCUACGAGAAGGCGACCGAGAGCUCGGAGGAGGCGGAGGUCAUGGCCAAGAAGUGCUCUGUCCUGAAGGAGAAGCUGGAUUCCCUCCUCAAGACCUUGGACGACGAGUCCCAGGCCUCGUCCUCUCUGCCCACCCCACCCCCCACCAUUGCCGAGGAGGCAGAAGAUGGAGACGGGGCGGGCAGUGGCUGUGGCUCCACUGGGGACCGCUCGGUGGGCUCGGCGUGCCCAGCCCGGCCGCAGAUCUUCCGGCCUCGGGAGCAACUCAUGCUCAGAGCCAACAGCCUGAAGAAGGCGAUUCGUCAGAUCAUAGAGCACACAGAGAAAGCUGUCGAUGAGCAGAACGCCCAGACCCAGGAGCAGGAGGGCUUCGUCUUGGGUCUCUCUCAGUCGGAGGACAAGAAAGACCCGAAGUCGGACGACAGAGUGUGCCACAGCGAGAGCUGCGGGGUGGCCAAGGGCCGGAGCCUCCGCAAAGCGUCCAAGUCCCCGUGUGAGAAGCUGAUAAGCAAAGGAAGUCUGUCGCUGGGCAGUUCUGCCUCUCUCCCUCCCCAGUCAGGAAACCGGGACGGCCUGCCAGCACUGAACACCAAGAUCCUGUUCCCGCAUGUGCGGCCUGGGAUGUCCGGCUCCUUGCCUGGCGGCUCAGUCAUCAGUCGCUUGUUAAUUAACGCUGAUCCCUUUAACUCUGAACCAGAAAACCUGGAGUGCUACACGGAGAAGUGUGUCAUGAACAAUUACUUCGGCAUCGGCCUGGACGCCAAGAUCUCCCUGGACUUCAACAACAAGCGAGACGAGCACCCGGAGAAGUGCAGGAGUCGAACCAAGAACAUGAUGUGGUAUGGGGUCCUCGGAACCAAGGAGCUGCUGCACAGGACCUACAAGAACCUGGAGCAGAAGGUCCUGCUGGAGUGUGACGGGCGGCCCAUCCCACUCCCCAGUCUCCAGGGAAUUGCUGUCCUCAACAUUCCCAGCUAUGCCGGAGGCACCAACUUCUGGGGGGGCACCAAGGAAGAUGAUACUUUUGCAGCCCCGUCGUUCGAUGACAAGAUUCUGGAGGUGGUCGCAGUGUUUGGCAGUAUGCAGAUGGCUGUGUCGCGGGUCAUCAAGCUGCAGCAUCACCGCAUCGCCCAGUGCCGCACGGUGAAGAUCUCCAUCCUGGGGGAUGAGGGCGUACCUGUGCAGGUGGACGGAGAGGCCUGGAUCCAGCCCCCGGGGUACAUUCGGAUCAUCCACAAGAACCGGGCACAGACGCUCACCAGAGACAGGGCGUUUGAGAACACCCUGAAGUCCUGGGAAGACAAGCAGAAGUGUGAACUGCCUCGCGCUCCGUCUUUCUCUCUGCACCCGGAGAUCCUGUCUGAGGAAGAGGCCACCCAGAUGGACCAGUUUGGGCAGGCAGCGGGAGCGCUGAUCCACAGCAUCCGGGAGAUCGCGCAGUCCCAUCAAGACAUGGAGCAGGAGCUCGCCCACGCCGUCAACGCCAGCUCCAAGUCCAUGGACCGAGUGUACGGCAAGCCCAGAACCACGGAGGGGCUGAACUGCAGCUUCGUCCUGGAAAUGGUCAGUAACAUCAAAGCCCUGCGCAGCGAGACGGAGCUGCUGCUGGCCGGGAAGAUGGCCCUGCAGCUGGACCCCCCUCAGAAGGAGCGGCUCGGGGCUGCGCUCGCGGAGAUGGACCAGCAGCUCAGGAAGCUGGCGGACACGCCCUGGCUGUGCCAGCCCGUCGAGCCCGGUGACGAAGAGAACGUGAUGCUGGAUCUUUCCAAACGCAGCCGCAGUGGGAAGUUCCGCCUCGUGACCAAGUUUAAGAAGGAGAAAAACAGCAGGAACAGAGAAGCGCGUAGCCUCCUGGGAGCCCCGGUUCACCUCUGGGGGACAGAGGAGGUUGCUGCCUGGCUGGAGCACCUCAGUCUCUGUGAGUAUAAGGACAUCUUCACGCGGCAUGACAUCCGGGGCUCUGAGCUCCUGCACCUGGAGCGGAGGGACCUCAAGGACCUCGGCGUGACCAAGGUGGGCCACAUGAAGAGGAUCCUUUGUGGCAUCAAGGAGCUGAGCCGCAGCACCCCUGCCACCGAGGCCUAGCCUUGGCCCUCUCAGCCUGUGUGCUCUGCUCCUCCCGCGACUGAGGCCGGGCACAGCGCGUGUCCCUUCUCAUGGUGCUACUCCCCUUGCUGGCGACAGGACACCUCUCAGACACCAACAUAGCUACCUGUGAAACCACGCCUUUCCACCGGCCUCGCGUGGGCACAUGCACCACCACUGCUCGGGGCAGGCCCUGGGCCCUGGGCCCCAGGCCGUCGGCCGAGAUGGCCUGUCAGGGCCGCACACCGUUGUCCUGUGGGUUCCUCUCCGCGUGCCCUUUAGUGGCGCAUCAUGUGGCAGCAUCUCCCGAGCCUUCAAACGCCGGCCCAGCCACGGCAUCCCACUCUGGAAAGUUCUGUGCCCGCCAGCCGCUCUGGGGUCUCCAUGGCAGCCCCACAAGGCCGCCCUCUGCUGAUGUCCCUGUUGAGUCAUAGGGUGUUUGACGAGGUCCUGCCUGGCCUGGGCUGCAGGGACUCGGAUGCGUUUUCAGGCCUGCGUUUUAAUUGACCUGAAGCAAGAACUCCCUCCUCAAGCUGGGUCGCUGGGUGGUUAUGCGCUGGGCCGCGAGCCCCCUGUGUGUUGCCGGCCCCUUGUCCUGGUUCAUGCUGCCACCGCUACCUGAGCUGCAGGCAUGGGGACGCUGUCCCCUCUGUCCCCAGGAUGCCAUAGCCCCUGGAGUCCUGCAGGGGCCGGGAGUGGAUGGGGGAUGCGUGCGUCAUUCAGGAAGCUUCCCGGGCUGAGCAGUCCUGGGGGUUGUCCAGAGAGUCUCCGAGCCCGUGGUGGCUCCUCACCCCGUGCCGCCAGGCCUGUGUCCCCAGGGGGUGCCCUGGCCUCGCUGCCUCUGCCUUUCCCUUCCCCCUUCCAACGCAGCCGCACCUGCAGGGCUCCCCAUCCUGGAACCUGGCAAGGGGCCCACUGCCCGGCCCAACCCGACCCGCAGGGAGGCGGGUGGCAGGCAGGGUCGGGGCCCCGUGGCUGGCCUCACCCUGUCGUCUGAGGGGCGCUGCAACCUCGCCGCCUCUGCCUGCCCCCGGCUCUGCGGACCCUGCUGCUGGUGCCCCGAUGGGGUGCCCGGCCGGCCCGGCCUCUGGAUCAGUGGUCCUGUGGGGGCCACGGCUGCCUGUGCCCGUGAGUGGAGGGGCAGGGGUGGGGGUGGGAGUCCCGCUCUGCAGGUGCCCUCAGCUGCCCUUGGAGGUGUGCCUGGGGCAGCUAUGUGUCCCUCCCCACCGCGUUGUCCUCUCUCCCACCACAGCCAGUUUAGAUGGAGGCAGGUGGGGAGAGCAUCCUGCCACCAAGGUCCCCCGAAUACAAAACAGAACAGGCUGACAGGUGGUCACGAGAGCCACGCCCGCAAGACCCCAAUGGCUCUGCCCUGUGGCCUCAGGCGGGGCGCCCUGGGGUUCGGAGGUCCUCCGGGCGGGCCCUGGACGGGCUGGGACUCUGGUGAGGAGUGUGCAGAGGGGAGUAGUGGGCCUCCCGGGGCCAUGUGGCACCAGGACCACCCCAUGCCCUCCACGCCCUCCCCUUGGGAAAGCCUUGGGUUUGGGUCCAGCGUGGAGUUUAAAUGACUGUGUUGUCACUGAGUAAAGCAACGCUGUUUACGUAAAAACCACUUUUCUCAUCCUAGUCAGUCGGUCAGAGGUGAAGGGGAUGGCGUGAUGCUGUGUGACUCCGUCGGGGAGGGCCGGCCCCUCGCUCAGUGUCUGUUGCUGCCCGGCCGGUUGUCCCCCUGGGUCCCGGGGCUCUCGGUCCCGUCAGUGUAGAGGGAGGAAGGCAGAGUCUUGGACAUGAGGUUUUGUGCCCUCGGGUGGGGCUUCCCUCCUAUUUAUGAUCCUAAUUUAUAUGGCGCCCACCAUGGGGCGGACGCCUCCCGCAUUGCUGUGUACAUACACACCUGGGUUGUAUAUACGUCGUUCUGUGUAUAAAUAAAACGAGCCUGUUUUUGACCUUG